AAAAACCAAAUCUUUAAAUCAGUGCCACCACAACCACAAAAAAUCUCAAGACAUUCCAAACUCUGUGGACCUCAGCUUUUGCAAGGUGUAAACCCAAUCAAAAGCUCUUUUCAGUUUAGGAGGAAGAAUUCAUAAUAUAAGUUUAAAGGACAACCCAACAACAUAAUCAAAGAGGCUUCAAUCUGAUAACUGAAGUUCCCCAUAUUGCAUAGUUUUUUUUGGUCACAAACCGCAUUUCUUUCUCGGUUGGGAGGAAAUGGGGACAUUUGUAUACAGCAGUAGCUGCCUUUCUUGGAAAAAUCUGUGCAGACAGAUGAAUCCCUCUCACCAUGUGGUUCCGCGUGGUGUUCCAGAAAAAGGGUGUUCAAGAAUUAAAGCUGCUGCUUGUUCUAAAGAAGAUGCUCGUAUGAACCGGGAUAGUGAGAUAUCUGCAGGCUCAUUGAAUAGGAGGUCAGCUAUUAUAUCUGGUGCUUCUUUGAUUUCAUCAGUACUGCUUUUUCCUGGAGAGGGAUCUGCUGUAAUUAAACAAGGUCUCCUAGCAGGGAGAGUUCCUGGACUGUCUGAACCAGAUGAAGAAGGUUGGAGGACAUACCGAAGACCGGAUGACAAGUCAGGUGGACAUGGUGUUGGAUGGAGUCCUAUGAUUCCUUAUACUUUUUCCGUGCCUGAUAAAUGGGAAGAGGUCCCUGUGUCAAUUGCUGAUCUAGGUGGUACAGAGAUCGACUUGAGAUUCGCAAAUCCCAAAGAAGGGAGAGUCAUUGUAAUUGUCGCUCCUGUAAAAAGAUUUUCAGAUGAAAUUGGUGAAGAAGCUACCAUAGAACAAAUUGGACCACCAGAUAAAGUGAUUAGCGCAUUUGGGCCUGAAGUCAUUGGAGAGAAUGUUGAAGGUAAAGUCUUAAGAUCUGAAGUAGCAGAGCAUGAGGGAAGAACAUAUUACCAGUUUGAAUUAGAGCCACCACAUGUAAUGAUCACAGCAACAGCUGCUGGAAAUCGCCUAUACUUGUUCAAUGUUACUGGAAAUGGUCUUCAAUGGAAAAGGUAUUACAAAGAUUUGAGAAAGAUCGCUGAGUCUUUCAGGGUUGUGUAAUUUACACAUCUACCCCAUGCGUGAUAGCACCUUAGCAGAGGUGGAAUGCACAAGGAAGAAGAGUCGGUCACUAUAAUCACAAUUAUUUAUAAGAAUGCCACAUCACCUCUAGUAGUAUAUACAGUUAAGUAUGUGAGAGGAGAAUUUCCUCUAGAAUGAGUUUUGUAACAAAUUUUAGCUACCUAUGAUUAUUGUAAACUGUUUACGUUACCAAUAUUACAAGUCUUCAGAAGGCACCUCUUCUGGAUUGAUCGCGA